AAAUUGGUCAUUUACAGACAAACAUUGCGAUAGGCAGUGUAAACGGCUUCGUCAAGAGACUCCAAAUUCCAGUGAGAAAAUUAGUUAAACAGGCACCGCCUCACCCUUUCUAUGUUUUUCUUACGAUCAUGAAGAACCGCAACACCAAACACCCUAAUAAAACUCUCCCUCCUCUUCUCCUUCCCCUUUUUCUCCACAUGAUAACCAUACACAUGGCCGGGGACUCACCGCCAAUCUACGAUCCGCCUGAACAAAUCAACCUUCAAUGUGGCUCUUCCGGUACCAAUGUCGACGAAGCCAACCGACUGUGGGAAGGAGAUUUUGAAAAAGGAUUUUUUCCAUACGAGGACAAAUCCAUAAUCAAAGAAGCACCUUCUCCCUCUUCUUCCGGCCAAGUGCCUUACAGCACAGCAAGGCUUUCCCGCUUUGAAUUUACCUACACAUUUCCACUCUCUUCCGGCCCAAAGUUCAUCCGCUUGUAUUUCUACCCAGCAUCAUACGCCCCCAACUUCAACCGAUCCCAAGCCCUCUUCUCAGUCAAAGCCGGUGGCUUUACCCUUCUCCACGACUUCAACGCUUCAGCCACGGCUGAUGCUUCUGCCUCGGAUACUAUAUACAGAGAGUUCUGCCUCCACACUGAGUCAGGACAGGAUUUGAGUAUCAGCUUCACUCCAAGCAAAGCAAGCCCAGAUGCCUACGCGUUUAUCAAUGGGAUUGAAAUUCUCUCCAUGCCCCCAUAUCUUUACUACACUUCACCCAAGAGCCCGGAUGGGGUUGCUCAUGUAGGCAGUGAAAAGACGAUUCGCAUCGAGAACAACACUGCUCUGGAGAUGGUGUACCGAAUCAAUAUGGGUGGCGGAAGGCGGAUCUCUUCCGAUCAGGACACUGGUAUGUACCGCAAUUGGGAUGGUUUGCGAGACGAAUACAACUACUUAGACGAUUUAAGUAGGCAGUUUAGUUACUUACCACCGCAAUACAAUAGCAGUCAGCUUUACUUUUCUAAAAUACCAUCGUACUCUGCUCCGAAAGAAGUUUACCAAACCGGCCGCUCAAUGGACACCAUAAGCAACAGCCACAAUCUCACCUGGGAAUUCCCUGUGGAUUCAAUGUUUGCUUACUUGGUUAGGCUUCAUUUUUGUGAGUUUCUAAGUACUGUUAUGAAGCCCGGAGACCGGGUAUUUAACAUCUACAUCGCCAAUCAAUCCGUUGAGAAAAUGGCGGAUAUAAUCGCGUGGAGUGGUGGAAAUGAAAGACCAGUGUACAGAGACUACGUUGUGUUCUUGUCGGGGAACCCUGCAAUCCCGAAGAAAGUCAAUCUCUUUCUUGCACUGGAAUCGGAUUUGUUGAAUGGGUACUUUGUCCCAAUCUUGAGCGGACUCGAAAUGUUCAAACUCAGUGCAAAUCGGAGUCUCGCCGGACCAAGCCCUGACCCACCUCCUAUAGCCCCAGCAAAGGGGACACCAUCAAAAACUAGCACCAGAUCAAGAACUCCUUUGCUUGCCACGGUUGUCGGUGUAGCUUGCGGAAUACUUGGACUCUCUGUCCUUGGGUUCUUGGUUUUUAGGCGGCGGCGGAAAGUCAAGGGCACUGCCUCAGAUGGGUCAUCAUCUUUACCAACACAUUUGUGUCGUUACUUUUCACUGGCGGAGAUCAAAGCCGCCACCCAAAACUUCAGCCAGAGUUUCAUUGUUGGUGUAGGCGGCUUCGGUCACGUGUACAAAGGGCAUAUCGACGGCGGGGCCACUCCCGUUGCUAUCAAACGGCUGAAACCCGACUCAUCGCAAGGAGCCCGCGAGUUCAAGACGGAAAUCGAGCUGCUUUCAGAACUUAGACACCGUCAUUUGGUGUCUCUCAUUGGGUAUUGUACUGAUAAAAAUGAGAUGAUUUUGGUGUACGAUUACAUGGCACGUGGAACCCUCGCUGAUCACCUCUACCAAACUGACAACCCACUUCUCUCCUGGGGACAACGGCUCCAAAUUUGCAUUGGCGCUGCGCGAGGGCUGCGCUACCUUCACAGCGAUGCCCAGGGCACAAUCAUCCACCGUGAUGUGAAGAGCACAAACAUUUUAUUAGAUGAGAAAUGGGUUGCCAAGGUUUCGGAUUUCGGAUUGUCGAAAGUGGGCACGGCCACCAUGUCCAAGACCCACAUCAGCACGGCCGUGAAAGGUAGCUUCGGGUAUCUAGACCCAGAAUAUUACCGACGUCAACAACUGACGGUGAAGUCCGACGUGUACUCAUUCGGUGUAGUGUUGUGUGAGGUGUUGUGCGCAAGACCAGCUGUGGUGCAUGCAACGGAGACGAGGCAAAUGAACUUGGCUGAGUGGACCAAGAGCUGUCAUCGCGACGGGGAACUUGAUCAAAUCAUCGAUCCGAACAUGAAGGGUAAGAUUGAAACCGAGUGUUUGAACAAGUAUGUGGAAAUUGCUAUGAGUUGCAUCAAUGACAGUGGGAUGGAAAGGCCGUCAAUGAAUGACGUUGUCAGGGGGCUUGAGUUUGCAUUGCAACUACAUCAGAACCGCGGUGAAAGGAACAACGAGGAUGCCUUUGCUAGCAUGCCAGGUUGCGCUACGAAUGAAUCCGUUCAGUGCAUAUCGGAGACGAUCUUCUCAGAGAUCAACGAUCCGAAUGGGAGAUGAUAGAGCAACAUUAGAGUAAUCUGGCUAGACUAAGGGCUAUGGGUAAACCUAACCAUGACAUGAGUAUAUUUUUUCUUAUCUAUUGUGUUUGAACCCAAUUGAAUGCUGAAUCACUUGCAGUGCCUGCCAUUGCGUUAUAUUGCAGAACUAUUUCUACAAA